AAGCCAUACACGCAUCUCUGCCUCUUUGCUCUGGCUCUCCCACCCUCUCCCGUCUUUCUCCGCUUCCCUGUCACUGUUACUCCGGGAGACGUUCACUUCCCACCAACCUUCUCCAAGCGUCUCCAAGCCAGACUAUAUAUAUAUUGCUGUAAGAGACCUAGAAGAGGAAAAAAGGCACGAGACUUUCAACACCUCACUUAAAAAAAAAAAAAACAACGAAUUUCCCGAAAUGUUUGAGAGCAAUUAAAAGGAAAAGGCGUUUUUGGUCUAUCAACUAAGUGAACAAUCAUUUAUAUCGUCCACAUCCUGAGAUACUAUCGUCCCUCGCUGUGGACACCAGCGAGAUGACAGCUGCUUUUUCAUAUUCGAAUGUAAUAAAUAUUUGCUGCUUCUAAUAUAUUUCGGAAUUUCUCCUCUCUAUUCUUUGGAAUUUGUAACUCUAAAAGAUUGGAGAAAAGAUUAUCGAAAAGGCUUUUACAAGCCUCCAAAAUGAUGCUGAGUCCGGACCAAGCCGCCGACUCGGACCACCCCAGCUCGGCGCACUCGGACCCGGAGUCGUUGGGCGGCGCGGACGCCAAGGUGCUGGGCAGCGUGUCCGACCUGGAGCCCGUGGAGGAGGCCGAGGGCGACGGCAAGGGCGGCAGCCGGGCCGCGCUCUACCCGCACCCGCAGCAGCUCAGCCGCGAGGAGAAGCGCCGCCGCCGGCGCGCCACCGCCAAGUACCGCUCGGCUCACGCCACCCGCGAGCGCAUCCGCGUGGAGGCCUUCAACCUGGCCUUCGCCGAGCUCCGCAAACUGCUGCCCACGCUGCCCCCGGACAAGAAGCUCUCCAAGAUCGAGAUCCUGCGCCUGGCCAUCUGCUACAUCUCCUAUCUCAACCACGUCCUGGACGUGUAGGGCCUGGGCGCGGCGGGGGGCCGCGGGUCCGGAAGCCGGGGCAGCGCCACCGACCCGGGUGGCCGCGCAACGGGACGGCCGCGGGGAGAAGCCUGGACGCGGGAAGAAGCUCGCCACGCGUUCGAGUUCUCUCCGGUCAGCAGGGAGACGAGGGAAGGUUUCCAACUCGGGAAGGUGGGCUUGUCUGGCGAGCCUGGGGUUUGCAGGGGGCAUUUUCCACGCCAGGCGUGCCUCCUGGAGGCACCCUAGACGCACCGCCUCCAGGCCUCCCCUCCGUGUGUUAGGAUCCCGUUAAUGGUGGUUGCUUUAGCUCGCCGGAGACUCUGAGUUCUCCUACAUUUAUCUCCCACAGAUCUUCACGUUUUGAAAGAAUGAGGGCAGAAGCUCAGAGUAAAGACUCCUAACUUUAGACUAUCUGGGAUUUUUCUAAUUGACAAAUCACCUAACAUUUGGAGGGUUUGAGAAGGACUCUCCUCCAGUGUAGAGAUUUAAGGCACGGAAAGGUGGAACAGGAAAGUUUCAGUUCUGCUGUGAAAAGGAAGAUUAUAUUAGAAUCCAAAUAAAAGCGACAAACCCUCAAUACUGGUAAGCUUAAAAGAUAUAUUGAGAAUAGACACACUGUGGGAAGAUUUGAGCUGGGUGAGAUUUUAACCCCAAGGUAUGACACUGAUGUAGACAAGAGAAUCCGUAUUUAAAUGGAAAUUUUAAUAUCUGAUUGCUUUUUCAGGCGAAGUGCCCCUUUAUAUAUCCAAAAACAUCUAUUUGUGACCUUAAACAUGUGGACCCAUAGGUGCAGUUAGAAAAAGACAACCUAUUUUUAUUUAUGUUAGAAGGAGUAGAGUAUUUUUUUCAAGACAUUUAUUUUUCAGAGUGGUGAUAAUUUUACUUUGGAUACUCUGUGCCAAUUUAUUUAUAGUCAAGUGUUUACACUUUUUCCUGUGGAAUAAUUAUGUCUAACUUUUUACGUGUUUGUUGAGAUUAUACUGUGGUCUUUUUUUUUUUUUUUGCUCUAAUUAUAUUGCACUUGUAUAACAAAUUUCCCACUUCUCCCUGUUUCUAAACAUAUUUUAUAUAUUAAGAUGUUUGUUCUUGAAAGGUUCUUUUGUUGUGAGAUCAGCAACAUUAGCACUUCACUAUUAUAGUUUUUUAAAAAAAGUGUUGUUAUUCUUAUCUGUAGUUGUGUCUGAAAAGUACUUCACAAACUGUUUAUAAGGAGAGUAGCUUCUUUGUGUGUGUGUGUGUGUGUGUGCUGUUUGUGCGUGGGAUGAUUUUAGGAAAUUAAGUUAUUUUCCUAAAAAAAAAAAAAAUUCAAAACUACUUUCCUCUGUGACAACCAAAAAGAAAAGUCUAUAACCUGAAAAUGUUUCAUGUUCUCAGCUGUGAAACUCUUAAAACAAGGAGUGUAUUUUAGAGACAAGGGAAAAAAAACCGCAUCUGCUAUCCAAAGAUUUUAGUCUUUUUCAGGGUUUUUUUGUGUCUCUGUUGCUUUAUAUAAUGCAAUAUUUUGUAGUGAAAAUAGAUAUAAUCUGGUUUCUAUCUGACAAGUUUUUCAUAUCUCAUGAAUGGUGCGCUGUUUUGCA